AUGAGAGCAGCGGGCGCGGAGCAAUGUGCAGUUGACCCGUAUUGGUUUGAGCAUGAUCCGCCGUCCAUGGUGGCCGGAGCUGAUGAUGAAGUUGUUCAAGUCACACUUGCAUCCUUCACAUUCACAUGGUCUUUCUCUCCAAUGCCAAUGCCAAUGCCAUCUCCCUCGUUCCCAACCCUCAAAUCACCCCACAACAUCUGCAUCGUCAAAUCCCUUUUAUCCAAAUCUUCCCUCUCCGACGUCGUUUCUUCUCUCGACCUGUUACGUCUCAAGGGCAUUCGUUUACCCUCUCACAUUCUCGCCACACUCUUGCGCCAUUGCUCCAAAACCAGGUCUUUCCGAGAGGGCAAGUUGAUUCACCUCCACUUAAAGCUCACCGGUUUUAAACGCCCCCCAACGCUUCUUGCCAACCACUUGAUCUCCAUGUACUUCAGCUGCGGUGAUUUUGUUCUGGCACGCCAGGUGUUCGACAAGAUGGACAAUACAAAUUUGUUCACUUGGAACAAUAUGCUUUCGGGGUAUGCUAAAUUGGGCAUGAUGAAGCAGGCUAGGAACUUCUUUUACCGAAUGCCUCACAAGGAUCAUGUAUCUUGGAAUUCAAUGGUGUCUGGGUAUGCACACUGUGGGAGAUUAAACGAGGCUUUGAGAUUUUAUCGACAAUUUAGGAGAUUGUCUGCGCGGUAUAAUGAGUUUAGUUUUGCCGGUGUCUUGAUUGUUUCUGUAAAGUUGAAGGAGUUUGAACUUUGUAGGCAGGUCCAUGGGCAAGUUUUAGUUAUUGGUUUUUUGUCCAAUGUGGUUAUAUCUAGCUUAAUUGUUGAUGCUUAUGCAAAAUGUGGAAAAAUGGAAGAUGCAAGGAGAUUAUUUGAUGACAUGCCUAUGAGGGAUGUUCGUGCGUGGACGACACUAGUUUCGGGUUAUGUUGCAUGGGGUGACAUGGAAUCAACCGCUGAGUUGUUUAGUCAAAUGCCUAAAAGCAAUUCAUGUUCGUGGACAUCUUUGAUUAGAUGUUACUCUAGAAACAGUAAGGGUCAUGAAGCACUUAGAGUGUUUAGAGAGAUGAUCCAGCAUCAAGUUAGACCUGAUCAAUUUACAUUCAGUGCUUGCCUCUUAGCUUGUGCCACUAUUGCUUCGUUGAAGUAUGGCAAACAAAUACAUGCGUUUUUGGUACGAAAUAGCAUCAAACCAAAUUCUAUUGUAAUUAGUGCUAUUGUUGACAUGUAUUUGAAAUGUGGAAGGUUGGAAACCGCAAGGCGAGUCUUUAAUUUUACUGGAAUAAAACAAGAUGUAGUCUUGUGGAACACAAUCAUAUCAGCAUUGGCUCACUAUGGCUAUGGCAUAGAAGCAAUUAUGAUGCUAUAUAAUAUGCUAAGAUCAGGUGUGAAGCCAAAUAGGACUACUUUUGUUGCCAUUUUAAAUGCUUGUUUUCAUUCAGGUCUUGUACAGGAAGGACUUCAUUUAUUCAAGUCCAUGACUAGUGAACAUGGUGUCGUCCCUGACCAAGAACACUAUGCAUGCUUAACUAAUAUUUUGGGUCAAGCUGGGUGUUUUAAUGAAUCAGUGAAGGAUCUGAAGGUGAUGGAUUCUAAGCCAAGUGACCAUGUUUGGAAUUCUUCAACUGGUUUAUGUAGAAUGCUUGGGAAUAUAAAUCAUGGGAGAGAGGUAGCUGUACUCCUUAUCAAAUUGCAGCCACAAUCCUCUGUUGCCUACGAAUUACUUUCAAGUAUUUAUGCGGCACAUGGGAAACGAGAAUUGGUUGAGAAAAUAAGACAUAUUUUUGGAUGA